GCUGCGGGUCGGGAUGAAGCCAGCUGUGGACGAGAUGUUCCCCGAGGGCGCCGGGCCCUACGUGGACCUGGACGAGGCCGGAGGCAGCACCGGGCUGUUGAUGGACUUGGCGGCCAACGAGAAGGCAGUGCACGCCGACUUUUUUAACGAUUUUGAAGAUCUGUUUGACGAUGACGAUGUCCAAUGAGAUAUGUCCAGUGUGCCUGUUGUCCGGCCUCGGUCACGCAGCAGUGCAGCAGAACGCAGAGGACCACUGUCAGUGGCUGAGGACUUAAGACGUGGUUAACCAGGACAGAGAAGAAGGUUGUCUCAGCCGUCAGGAUGACGCCUGUUAAUCUCUGAAUGUGACCAGCCUUUGUCCUUACUUCCAU